AUGUCGGCUUCCAUCCAGGGAACCCACCUGGUGGGUGGCAUCUCCAGGGGAUGGACCCCCGUCCGCCCGAUCCAUAGGCACAACCCUCCCUUCCUGCGCGCUGGGAGGUGUCUCUCACAGGCGCUUCGGUGUCAGGGAGCAAGCACUGCGGCAGAAACCAUCGCCAAGGCACGUGUUGUGAGGGAUGGUGGAACUAGGGAUGCUUCCAUGCACCAUUUGGAGACGGAGCGCUUCUCGGCCCUGGACCGCGUGUCCAUCCUCUCGGAGGCGCUGCCCUACCUGCAGCGAUUCCGGGGCAAGACCGUGGUCAUCAAGUACGGCGGGGCCGCAAUGAAGGACCCCACCCUCAAGGCCGGCGUCGUGGCGGACCUGGUGCUGCUGGCUACUGUGGGCAUCCGACCCGUGCUGGUGCAUGGAGGCGGCCCGGAAAUCAACAUCUGGCUCACCAAGCUGGGGAUCGAGCCCAACUUCAAGAACGGACUGCGUGUCACCGAUGAGGCGACCAUGGAUGUGGUGGAAAUGGUGCUGGGGGGCCGCGUAAACAAGUCCCUGGUGACCCUCAUCCAGCAGUCUGGGGGGCGGGCGGUGGGCCUGUGCGGCAAGGAUUCCGACAUCAUCCUGGCCCGGCAGAUGGUGGAGAAGGAGAUUGGCUUCGUGGGCGAGGUCACCGGCGUCCGCUCAGACCUGAUCAAGACGCUAGUGGCGGACGACUACAUCCCGGUCGUGGCGUCGGUCGCCUCAAACGGCGCAGGCCAGGCUCUGAACGUGAAUGCCGACACAGCCGCUGGAGAGAUUGCGGCCGCGCUGCAGGCGGAGAAGCUCAUCCUCAUGACCGACGUGGCCGGCAUCCUGCACGACCGCAACGACCCGUCCUCCAUCUACCGCGUGCUGACACUGCGCGGCUGCGCCGAGCUGGUCGGCCAGGGCAUCAUCGCCGGCGGCAUGAUCCCCAAGGUGGACUGCUGCAUCAGGUCGCUGUCCCAGGGCGUCAGGGCCACCCACAUCAUCGACGGGCGGCAGAAGCACUCCCUCCUCAUGGAGCUCCUGACCGAUGAGGGUGUGGGCACCAUGAUCACCGGGUGA